AUGUCUCCUCUUCUCCUACUCAUCGGCUUUGCCUUACUGUCCAUCACUAUAGCUCAAGAUCAAUCAAGAUCCCCUCAUGGUCUCACUUACUCCAGCCCAGAAGCCUUCUCCCCAGCUGCAUUUGAAUUUUUCCACCCGAACAAUCAUCAGCAUCCUAGCAUUGAAAACCCAUGCGCUGCAUCAGGUUGCCCCCCACUGCACUUAUCAGCGACUGUGCAGUCAAGCCUGGCAUAUGACAGCAGAUUCACACCAGAUCAUUACAGCCGUGGCAGACGAUUAACUGCUGCUGGCAUUGCUGGAAUAAUCUUUGGCUUCGUAUGUGUUGUGAUCCUGGCAAUGGGUAUCUACUAUGUCAUGACCAAGCGACAAGCUAAUAUGAGUAAGAGUAACACCGCUCAAGCUGAAGCUUGA